AUGGCGGUUUCUCGAGAGGGCGCUCGCCUGGCGAGAGCCUUAAGGCAAAAGCUGCCAACCAACUACUCUGUUCCGCUAUGCGCCAGAGGAUUUGCCUCUACUAGAGUGGCACACAAUGCCAGUGUGAAGGCUGCUGGCAUCGCCGAUAUUGAAUCGGCAUCGUCGUUUUCGGCGCCGCAGCCGGACAAGGACACCAUUAAAGCUUUUGAGGAGUCACAAAGCCAAAAUCGGACGGGGAGACGGCUCCCAGGUAACCGAUACCAGUACCAUCCUCCCAAAUACAAUCGAGGUCCUCUGCACCCAGUCCAAGCGCCGCCUUCAUCCGAUCCCACGGCUCGCGAUUUUGUUCCUGGACCUUUCAGCUUCCCUCGCCUGAAGCACACGUACGAUAGCACCAUUGCGCCAGACCUAAUGACGCUCACAUAUAACCACAUCCCACCCGGGACUACGCCAGUCGAAUCGAACAAGGGAGUGCUGCGCCAGUGGGACGGAUCUUCACCAUAUCACAAGAACCGACCCAGCAGAGGGCCAAGAGGUGGAGGCUCAUCGAGGCUCGGAAUAUUAGAGCGGGAUGUCGCCUGGCACAACAUUCCCGAGAUCGAGGCUGUCACCAUUAACUCAUAUGCUCCUCUGGCUGCCGACAACAAGGAGUACCUUCAUGUGGCCCGCGCCGUUGUCCAAGCCAUCAGCGGCCAGUUCCCCGAGGUGACGACUGUGAAGCACAAUGUCAUCCACUGGGGUGUCCGAAAGGGAUCAAAAGCUGGUGCCAAGACUACCCUGCGCGGUGCCGCAGCCUACGACUUUGUCGACAAGCUGGUGACGCUGGUUUUGCCCAAGAUCAAGGACUGGCCGGGUAUCAAGGCCACCAGUGGUGACAGCGCGGGCAAUAUUGCAUUUGGUAUGAAGCCGGCCUGGAUGGCUUAUUUCCCAGAGAUUGAGUUCAACUACGAUAUGUAUCCUCCUAAGCUGAUGCCUGGUUGCCAUAUCUUUAUUCACACCUCUGCGACCUCGGAUAGACAGGGCAGGCUGCUCAUGGAAGCAUUGGGAUUCCCUUUCUUUGGAAAGAUUACACAUUGA